AUGUUUCGUAUUACAAACAUCUACGUUCUCGCCGCGUUUGGCACCAUCGGUGGUGCAUUGUUCGGCUUCGAUGUCAGUUCCAUGAGUGCUUGGAUUGGGACCGACCAAUAUCUCGACUAUUUCAAUUAUCCAGACAGUAAUCUGCAAGGAGGGAUUACUGCAUCCAUGUCCGCUGGUUCUUUCGCCGGUGCACUUGCGGCGGGUUUCCUUUCCGAUCGAAUUGGCCGUCGGUAUUCCCUCCUUGUCGCCUGCUGUAUCUGGAUUGUCGGAGCCGCCCUACAGUGUUCUGCGCAGAACGUUGCUCAUUUGGUUGUUGGUCGGGUGGUCAGUGGACUAGCUGUUGGUAUUACUUCCUCGCAGGUUUGCGUCUACCUCGCUGAGCUGGCCCCUGCCCGGAUCCGCGGUCGGAUCGUGGGUAUCCAACAAUGGGCGAUUGAAUGGGGCAUGCUUAUUAUGUAUUUGAUCAGCUACGGCUGUGGGCAGGGGAUUUCCGGCCCUGCUUCUUUCCGCGUCGCUUGGGGCAUUCAAGGAAUUCCUGCCUUGAUUCUGCUUGCCGCUUUGCCUUUCUUCCCGGAGUCGCCCCGAUGGUUGGCCAGCAAGGAACGGUGGGAAGAAGCGUUGGAUACCUUGGCUGCGAUCCACGCCAAGGGCGACCGCGAUGAUCCCGUGGUCCAGGCGGAGUACGAGGAAGUGCAAGAGGCGGUGCGGGUGGCCCAGGAGGCCAAGGACGUGUCAUUCUUGGCUUUGUUUGGCCCGAAAAUCUGGAAGCGGACUUUGUGCGGAGUGAGUGCCCAGGUCUGGCAGCAAUUGCUCGGAGGCAACGUGGCUAUGUACUAUGUAGUCUAUGUCUUUGACAUGGCUGGAAUGGAAUGCCAAAAAGCUAACGAGAAACAGAGCGGCAACACUACGCUCUAUUCGUCCGCCAUUCAAUAUGUGAUCUUCCUCGUGACCACCGGCAUCAUUCUGCCCUUUAUUGACCGGAUCGGUCGACGGCCGUUAUUGAUGACGGGGUCCAUCCUGUGCAUGGCCCUCCACUUUGCUACGGCAGGCAUCAUGGCCAGCUACGGCCACCACGUCGAUUCUGUGGCUGGAAACUCCAACCUGAAGUGGUCGAUUACCGGUGCACCGGGCAAAGGUGUCAUCGCGUGCUCCUACAUCUUCGUCGGUGUCUACGGUCUCACCUGGGCUCCUGCAGGAUGGAUCUACGCCUCGGAGGUGUUCCCGCUCAAGUACCGAGCCAAGGGGGUGGGGUUAUCGGCAGCAGGCAACUGGAUCUUCAACUUCGCGCUGGCCUACUUUGUGUCGCCGGCGUUCACGAACAUCCAGUGGAAGACAUACAUCAUCUUUGGGACGUUCUGCACCGUGAUGACCGUGCACAUUUUCUUCACCUAUCCGGAGACUGCGGGUCGCUCUCUGGAGGACAUUGAUCUGAUGUUUGAUGCGAAUCUGCCGGCUUGGAAGACGUCGCGGCUGCCCGACCGAUUUGGCGAGGAGGUUGAGCACCAGCGACACAAGACUGGGGGGGAGGGGGAGAAGGGUGUGGAGACGGCACAUGAUGAGAUGGUCUGA